AUGGCUCGAAACGACUCACGAUCUAGGUCGCCGACUCACCGCCGACGCCACUCCCGCUCUCCGGUCACUCAUCGUAGCUCCCGUCGUAGCAGGCGCGACCGCAGCCGCGAACCCUAUCCAUCAAGGCACAGAAAAAGUAGAUCUCCUACACCGAGGCAACACAAAAGGGACAGAAGUAGUUCAUUGUCUCCUUCAUCCACCGAGCACAAAAUUGCGAUUGAAUUGAAGAAAGAACAGGAAGAGAAGGCAAGGUUGCAGCAAGAGGCUGAGCUGAAACGACUAGAAGAAGAGACUGCACAGCGGAUCGAGGAAGCAGUGAGGAAAAAUGUGGAGGAAAAGAUGAAGACUGAAGAAGUUCAAGCAGAAAUAGAAAGGCGGACAAAGGAAGCGUAUGAAAAGAUGUUUCUUGAUGUGGAGGUACAGCUGAAGAAAGAAAAAGAGUCUGCUCUAAACGAGGCAAGAAGAAAAGAAGAACAAGCUCGGAGAGAAAGAGAAGAGCUGGAUAAGAUGUUGGAAGAAAAUAGUAGGAGGGUUGAGGAAUCUCAGAGGAGAGAAGCAAUGGAGCUUCAACGUAAAGAAGAGGAAAGGUAUAGAGAACUGGAGCUGAUUCAGAGACAGAAGGAGGAGGCUGCAAGGAGGAAAAAACUGGAAGAAGAAGAAGAGGAGAUUAGAAAUUCAAGCAAGUUAUCAAACAGAAACAGAUCAAGAUCCAAGUCGCAUUUCGGCAUGGGUUUAUAG